AUGACACACUCUCACACACAUCAGCUGUUGAAGCAUGUGACCGAGUCGGGCCUGAACUCUGAUGACAGAGACACCGUUCACCUGAUCACAGGUCAGAGUGGGUCAACACACUUUAAAUCAGACAUUUGUGUUUCACAGCAAUAUGACCACUGGAGGCCGAACCAGCCGGACAGCUUCUUCCAGUCUGGAGAGGACUGUGUGGUGAUGAUCUGGCAUGAAGGAGGACAGUGGAACGACGUGCCCUGCAACUAUCACCUGACCUUCACCUGCAAAAAGGGAACAGUCUCGUGUGGGCAGCCUCCUGUGGUGAAGGAUGCUCGAGUCUUUGGCGCCAUGAAGCCUCGCUACGAGAUCAACUCCCUGCUACGCUAUCACUGUAAACAGGGCUUCAUCCAGAGACACACCCCCACCAUACGCUGCCGGGCCAACGGCCAAUGGGACACCCCGAAAGUCACCUGUACAAGCCCCGCAACCUACCACAAGUCGUUCACGCUCCGGCGCCGGAACAACCAGAACAACGAGCAACAGAACCGGCACUACAACCACCACGUGCACCACGACAAGGGUCAUCAGAAACGCUAUCAAAACCAAGAGCAACAGCAAGGUUACGACAUCCUGCAGAACAUCUGGGAGUCUUCCCAGAGUCAGGUCCAGCAGCUGGAGAGGAAGAAGAGGCAUCAGGAGGUCCAAACACACGACGAGGAUGAGAUGAGACACUGACGGGGUUUGUGGUGGUUGUAAAUCAGAUUAGCAGGCUGGCUAUGUCGGUCCAGAGGCAUCGAUAGACAGAAAGAUGCACUGAGCUGUCUAUCAAUGGCUCUCAACAGGACCAGGGGCAGCGCGUUGUCCAAAAAACACUCCAGAACCGAAACACUCGUGAGAAUUUAGUUUGAUUUGUAAAGUUAGCUCGGUGCUGUAAAUCAACUGUGCGACUCUAAUGCGCCACACGAGUGCUCCGUGAGUCACCGCUGUGUUCCCGUCCGGAUCUGAACACGGCCCGUCAAACACAGCUGCCGUCUUCUUUCAAAGGUACGCAGUGGAGUUUUUAUUGUAAACAAACAUUUACCUUCAUUUGAAUCAUGAAGUUUGGGCACGGAGACUCUCGGAGGGAACUUCACGACCUGCAAGGCGACGGUCACGUAACCGACAGAGAUAGCAAAGAUACUUACGCUACAUUUGUGUUUGCAUGAACUCAUUAGUGGACGGUCAUCUCUCAGUCUACUUUUGGAGAUUAUAGGAACCACGAGGAACCCUGCAUGUGAAGGUUAGAUAUGCAUGGAAGCUGUAGGAUUUUAAAUAAAGGUGAGAGAAAUCCUGUCGGUACCUGAACAGCGUGGACUAGGUUUUCUGCAUCCGCUUCAGACACGAUGCGUCUGAUUUUUGUGAUGUUAUGUAGGCGAAAGAAAGCAGUCCUCGAAAUUUGUUUAAUGUGGACGUUAAAGGACAAAUCCUGGUCAAAAAGGCGGCCAGGGGGAUCCCGUCUAAAGUAACUAAGUCUCUAGUUUCUGAGGUGUUUGGGUCCAAUUACAAGAACUCAGUUCAUCUUAAAUAUAUAAAUAUAAUUGGGUGUCAUCGGCGUAACGACGACAGUUAAUGCAGCGAUUCCUAAUAAUGUUCCCUGAGGAAGCGUAUAGAAGCUGGUCCUAGCACAGAACCUUGUAGAUUAACGAGUGUUACUGUUACUCUUUCUCAUUUUUCACCUUCUUACGUCGUAUUCACAGAUGUCGCUCCUUCUCCUGCUUCACUCUAAAGAUCUCUCUGCCACCACGGCGUGAAAUCAGGUCGACGUUUCUCUCCAAAAGUUGAUUUAGUUUUUUUAUUAUUUCAACGUUGUCCCGCCUGAUUUGUUCUCCGUACAUCGAACGCCUAACCGGUCGUAGCGUCUUACUUGAGAGUCUCCUAUUCGCAAGCACUCGCUCUUAAAGAUUUACUACAGUCCUAAACUCCACGGCGUACCUUUGAGUUUGGGCAAACAUGGCACAUACGAAGCAGCAGCGUAACGUUCAGUCUCACCUGUGGGUUGCAGCGGUACACAGAUAUCACGGUAUAUGCCGUGAUAAGUUGAUUUUACCGUGUUGAAAAGGUUUAAUCUGGGGCAACUGGACUCGGUUGUAGAUUUAUGAAGAUGUUUCACGUUGUAACGUGAACGUCCUGUUUAUAUAUUAUCACGUAAAACUGAUGUAGUUAUAUGUUUCUGUAGUUUAAGGUUCAUUUAACUCAUAAUAAUAAUAAUUGUGUACCGUGAUAUUUCCCGGAGACGUUACUCGUACCGUUGCAACCCUAACCGCCAAGACACAUAAUUCACUGACACGUUUUUUCCAGGAAGCUUUGAGGAUUUUCAAAAUAAAAGCACGAAUUCAUCACUUUAAAUUAUUACCAUAACAUUUGUUUUUGUUUUUUUUGUUUGUUUUUUUUCCUGGCCGUGUAGAUUUAUGUACAAAAUGUUGAGAAAAGUUUGUUUUUUUUAAACGGGAGAUUUAAAGGGCAACACACACGCACACACACACACACACACACACAGAGCUGAGGAGGAGAUUAUUAUGAGUGAGUGUGUGUGUGUGUUAUUAAUCAUAGGAUAUAUAAUAUAGAUACUAUAUGAAGCCAUAUGAAUUUAACUUAUUGUAUACUUUCAAACUAUGAAUGGACUGUGAUAUCAAAUAAAGGUUUCUGUUGAUGAUGACUUCCUGUUGCUGUGAUCAUGUCGUGCAUGUUCUCUGCAUGUGACGGAUCCGUCACCAAAAGAUGUGAUGAUAAAUAAAUAAAUAAAUAAAUAAAUAAACGUUGUGGUUCACGGCUCAACAGAUCUGGGAUCUGUGUUUUUAAUCCAAACAAAAAGGGAAUGUGAAAAAUGUGCAGAGACGACUUUGUUUUGUGAUUUGAGCUUCUUCUUCCUCCUCUUCAUGUUUUCAUACAUUUUAUAUAUUUCUGUUUGUAUAUGCUUUUUCCCUCCAUGUUGGUUUGAUGGAGUUCACUGUAUCGAUGUUUCUUUGUCAUUGUCAGCUGCGUGUGCAAUAAUAGGAACUCUUAUAACAC